AUGUAUCCACAACCGCCAGCCGGCCCGUCUGGUGUACCACCCCGGCCACCUGUAACAUACAGUCGUCACUCUAAUUCUGCUCGCACCCCACACCAACUGGGUGCAACUAUUCAAGACGUCGACAACGAAGCCAGGGGUGAGGCGGCCUUCGAUCGAAUCAGUCGCGGCACUCGUGGAACCCACAGCGACGGCGCUAAGUUCAGGGCGGCGGCGCGAGCUACCAUAAGAGCAGUGAAUCGUCCACAUGCCAAUGGAUCGCAGAGCAGACAAGGGAUGCUGAAGAAGCCUUCUGUACGACCUGGGAAGGGCAAGGAGAAGUCAGACGCACCAGAUAGCUCAGAGACUCACAGUUCCAUCAAGGAUGAGGAGGACGACAUUGCAGAAGCCGUUGCGCGCUCGCUAGGCGAGCAUGUUGGAGACCCUGACGUUACGACCCUGCUUUCACCCCUACUGGGAGAGCGGGACGACUCCGAUAUUGCCGAAGCCAAGAUCAUGUCGCUGUUUUCAAAUGAGAAACCAGUAAAUCAUGCGGCUCAAGGUCACUCAUACAAGUAUAUCGGUAAUAGUUCUACGUCCAGUUCGACCGCGCCACAUACAGUACUCUAUUCUCUGCUCGAUAUCAUGGAGGACAGUGCGAAAGCUGUAGAAGAGGUCGAUCCUGAAAAGUUGGCCACAGCUGGUCCCGAGUUGGCACAUAACAUAAGGGGAUGGCAUAGCGUCUUGACCAGAGUAAUCUUCGCGACUGAGGCAGCCGAGCACAAACGGAUCCAAGAUGUCCAGAACCAGUUGGACUACGAUCGGGUUGUUGAAGACAAGCACAAGAAACAGAUGGACACAUUCAGAAGGCAGGUUGGAGCAAAAAUACUUCAGAUGCAGCAGGAUCACCACCAGAAAUUGAAGGAACAAAAGCAGACGUAUGAGAAUCUUCUUGUUAAACAGGUCACAAAGCUGUCUACACCAACGGCACAAGACCGAAAGCCAAGCACAGAGCCCUCCCAGCCCCGAAUCAUCAAGUCACUAUCGCCACACCUCCAACACAAAGUCGACCGUCUGACCAACGAGAUCGCUACGCUCAAGUCUGAGAACGAGACUAAAGUCUCUAAGAUGCAGGCCUCGCAUGCAGACCAAGUCCUUGUCCUACAUCAGAAGAUCGAGCGAUUAGCUGACGCAAACGCCUUUCUCCGUGUGCAAGAGAACCCCAAGGACAAGGUGCAGGAAAUGGAGAGGACGAAGCAGACGAACGAAGAAUUGCUUGAGCAAAUCAAGGACAUCACAGGCGAGAACGCAAGGUUGAGGCAGAGGGUACCUCCAGUACCAGCUUUCCAGUUCACAGCUGGCGGUCGAGGAUUCCCCGAGUCUGUUCAAUCGGACCCUGGUCCGUCAUCUCAAGAAGGUAGUGAGAAUUGGUCGCGCAAGAGGGCUAGACGUCAAUGA